UCAACCGCAUCGCAAUUUUAGAUUUUACAUUCGGUUUUACAACACGUUUGGUUCCAAGAAAUGUUUGCCGUUUAAGUCGGGGAAUAGAUAAUUUUUGUAAUCAGAAGUAAAAUAAUCAACACUAGCUAAUGUAAUUCAAUGAACACAUUUGCCGAGGUGUACAAUGAAAAGCGAGUGGCAUUGAGAAUCCAUGGACUCGCGCGGAGCUUGAUGGUUACCCAGGAUGGAGAAAUCUACUUAAGUCCAUCAAUGGAAAAUUCUGUUCGGGAGAAUUGACGGCCAUAAUGGGUCCCUCUGGAGCGGGGAAAAGCACAUUACUGAAUAUCUUAGCAGGAUACGUAACCGCCGGUGUAAAGGGAAUGAUUAAAAUCAACAAUCGACCUAGGGAUAUGAAAAUUUUUAACAAACUUUCCUCGUACAUAAUGCAAGAAGAUAUAAUUCAGCCACGUCUAAGCGUCCGAGAGGCUAUGAUGUUUGCCGCUAGACUAAAGCUGGGGUCCGAAAUCGGUGAUACUGAAAGGCAAUACGUGGUAGACGAAGUAAUCAAACUAUUAGGAUUAGAGAAAUGCUACGAUACAAAGAGCGAGUAUUUAUCUGGGGGACAAAGAAAACGUUUAGUCGUUGCCUUAGAGUUGGUUAAUAAUCCACCGGUUAUCUUUUUAGAUGAACCAACAACAGGGCUUGACAACGUAGCAAUUAAACAAUGCAUGGAGCUUUUGCAAAAAAUUACAAGAUUGGGACGGACUGUCAUUUGCACGGUGCAUCAACCUCCUGCUUCGCUGUUUCAAAACUUCGAUCAGGUUUAUGUGAUCGCAAAUGGUUAUUGUGUCUACAACGGAUCUCCAACGCAGCUAGUCCCAUUGCUGGCAAAUGCUGGGUGCCCUUGUCCCUCUACUUACACACCUGCAGAUUAUAUUAUAGAAAUAGUUCAGUCGACUCCAGAUACUGUCAGUGUUUUGAGCAAUCAAAUUCAAAACGGAAAAAUCAACAUGCAGGAGAAGAAAGAAAACAAAUUUUCCACAGCGGGCAUGGAAAUUUUCGAAGUUUAUCAAGAUACUGCGCGCACUGCAAUAACCAACGGCAGAGACUUGAUGUUCCCUCUCCCGUUCAGCGGACAACUUCACAUCCUCUUGGUGCGAAUGUUCCUUCAGAUGCGAAGAAAUCAUAGCGCCCUCUACAUCCAGUUUUUUCACCAUUUUUUAUCGGGUUUGCUGGUCGGCGGAAUUUACUUCGGAUUGGGCAAUGACGCUAGCCAAGUCAUCGCCAUGUUCAAAUAUGUGCUGAGUAUUAACGUGUUCUUUAUGUAUACGUAUGUGAUGGUACCCGUAUUACUAUUUCCUUUAGAAGUGAAAUUAAUGAAGCGCGAAUAUUUCAACCGCUGGUACAGUCUGAAGGCUUACUACAUAGCGCUAACCAUUGCAACUUUGCCGCUAUUGAUCGUAUUUGGAUUUAUGUUUUUAAGUAUAGUGUACCUUCUCUCGAAUCAGCCAAUAGAACUAAAUAGAUUUUUGUGGUUUGGUGCGAUCGGAUUGGCAGUGGGACUUUGCUCGCAGGGUCUGGGUUAUGUUAUCGGAUCCUUGUUUAGCAUUACCAACGGAUCGGUAGUAGGACCGUCGACUCUGGCACCGUUAUUGGCACUGGCGUGUUACGGGAUGGGUUACAGAUCAGCAAUUGAACCAUUCAUGAAGGUUUUGAUGGGAUUUAGUUACUUGAGAUAUGGAGUAGUAGGACUCACCAGCAACCUAUUUACCGACAGACAUUCCAUGGACUGCGACGAGAUAUACUGUCAUUACAGAAAUCCCGAGCUGAUGCUCAAGGACAUGGGGAUGGAAGGCGAAGAUUAUAAGUACCAAUUGCUUUACAUUUUAGCUUUUAUGGUGUUCUUUAGGAUAACUGCUUAUUUGACAUUAAAGUAUAGAAUGACCGCAGAACUUUCGAAUAAAAUAGUAUAUUACGCUACAAAAAUUGUUAAACAGAAUCAGUAAUAUUAGCGGCAAUUAGCUGACGGGUAAAUACGUAAAUAAAAUCAAACUAACCAAAAGCCACCAUAGUUCGUCGGUGUGGCACGUACAUUAGUGGUGGUGUAAAUGAUUACUUUCUUGAAAUCAUUACAGAUACCUUUCGGUACUGAAUACAAAUACCGAUCAUAAGUACUGGUUCCAAACUAGAUAGUAAUAACAAUAUCCACAUACAAUUGUAUGAAUACUUUGUUUUAGAAGAAGAAUAUACUUAGAAUGUGAGUUAUUUAUAUUGCACAGUUUUUUAGAAUGUACUAAUCCUUAACUUAAUAUUCUAUUUAUUCGCUUGGUACACUCUGCAGAAUUUAGCUUAGGAACAUAUUUAGAUCCUGAGAACUCAAACAAAAUAGAAGAUCUUCAAAAAAAAAAAUUGUGGCGUUGAAUCAAUUAGUAAUUUUAUCUCUUGUAUAUUCAGAUAUUUUGCAAAAGUUAAAAUAAUUCAUUGUUGCAAUUUAUUUACUUUUUAAAAUGUUAAUCAAACUUCAUUUAGGAAAACGUUGAUAAUUGUUCAAUAAAAAAAGAAACCUGCCCAUAAAAUUUGUCCAGACAACAAAAAGUUGCCCAAUAAAAUUUUAAUUAGUUUCAUUUAUGUUCAUUGAAAAUGAACAUUUUUAAAUUCUGUUUUAGAUUUUGGAAGAAAUGCAAUGAAAAUGGUUUAAAUUCCUUCAUAUCCCCUCAAGUUUCCAGAUUUCAACUGAUUAUCUCAUAUUGUAUGACCAAGUUUAACACAGCCAGUAUUUUACAAUAUGAACAUCGUUCUCAUCACCAAAAAUUACAUAAAUUACGACAUGCACCUACUCAGACAAUAGGUUUAUUGAAUAACUAGGUAUCACAGGUAAUAUUUGACAAUGAUGGUCAUGAUCUGUUUAACUUGCAAGGUAUAACUU